AUGGAAGGUGGGAACACCUGGUGGAAUUAUACAAACAGUAUUAUAUUAAGAGCUGGAAAGGAAAUACUGGGCGAGAGUAGUGGAAAUAAGGAAAUUUGGUGGUUUAAUGGAGAAGUACAAGAGAAAAUGACUAAGAAAGCAGUUGCCAUCGCAAAAUCAGAAGCAUACGACCAUCUGUAUGAAAAAUUAGACACUGAAGAAGGACAGGCUAAGAUAUUCAAGUACUUGAGCGGAGAUGGAGAGCUAAAUGAUCAAGAAGUAGCUGAAAUAGCUAGAGAAGAUGUGAAUGCUGCACUAAAGAAGAUGAAGAAUUGA